AUGUCAUCUACAAAUGUAUCGCACAAAUUAAAAAUAAACGCUGCGCAAAAAACGACUGUUGCAACAGAGCAAAUUAUCAAUAAAGCAGCUGAGUUGAUAGUCGACUGCGAAUCAAUUUUGUUUACUAGUGGUGCUGGAAUGGGCGUAAGCAGUGGAUUCGGCACAUUUCAGGGAAUUGCAGCUAGUGUAUGGCUACCUUUAUUACAGCCCUCAAAAUUGGAUUAUACUGACAUUGUUAAUCCAAGUUGGUUUCACAAACCGCAAGGCAAUAGUAGUAACCAUGAUACAGCCAAUUUUGCCUAUGCAUUUUGGAGCGAUAGGUACAACGCUUAUACAUCUACUGCCCCUCACCUUGGCUAUUUCAUUUGCAAACAAUGGAGUGAAUUAAGUCAUAUAAAAUCUGCAUUCAGUUUUACAAGUAAUAUCGAUGGACAUUGGAUAAAGUCAGGCUGGAACGAAUCAUCGGUUCUUGAAUGUCACGGUUCCAUUCACUAUAUGCAAUGUGUCAACGAUUGUCGUAAACGUAUAUGGGCUACAAAAAAUGAACUUAAACUCACUGUAGAUCCAAAGACGAAUUGUGUUACUGAUCCUUUGCCUUUAUGCUCUGACUGCAAUGGGUUAGCGAGACCGAAUGUCUUGAUGUUUGACGACUGGGCAAAAUUUUCAGGCAAUCGACAUGACGAAAGUUUCUGCCAUUACGGGCAGUUUAAAUCAGAUAUCGCAGCGGCAAAGACAAAAUUAUUAGUUAUUGAGUUGGGAGCUGGUAUCACAGUUCCCUCGGUUAGAAUUGAAAGUGAACUUGCUUUUACUGACAAACGAUGGACAGCUCAUUUAAUCCGUAUUAAUCCAUUAGCUGAGCAUGCAGUCAUCGAUGCUUACAGAAAUAAAAGUAAAGGACAAGCUCUUGAAUUACCACUAGAUGCAUUAACCGCGUUGACAUUGAUUGACAGAGAAGUAAAAAAGAAGUUAAAAUAA